AUGCAGUAUGAAAAAAAAACUUGGCUUGAACAUGUCCGAAAGCACCAGGGAAAUCAAGCCAAUAUUAUUACUGGGCAUAGCAGGGAUACUCCUAAUCCUAUGAUUAGAAGCACCGAACAGCAGACGAGUGGUGCUCGUACUUCUGCUUCCAGUUCCAGUUCCAUGUUCUUGCAGCCACGGCAGCAGGAGGAGCCGCCUUUGCAGCUGACAUCGGGAUUGUAUAUCCGGCAACGAAAAAUGUUAGACUUGGUACAGAAAGUGGGUGCCGUGAAAGCAAGUGAGUUCGUAGUAGAAAUUCUACGAGCCCCUGUGGCGGAUUCUGUGUCUAAAUUCCUAGAUAGUGUGUUAUCAGCUGAACCUGAAGAGUUAGAAGCUGCCGAGCAUCGACACAGCAUUUGGAGUGGUAUUGUGCAAAGUCGGGAGCGUAUCAACCAGGUUUAUUUCCAGCCCCGCAGGGAUCUGGUAGUGAGCUACAUUGUCACUACCCCAGAUGGUCACCAGCAUCGCGUGGCCAUGCGGGCUCGACGUGACCCUAUUAUAGAGCUCGAGGAUUGUGAGAACCCAUGCGAGCUUUGCUGCGUUCUUUCGUGUAUCUGCUGUCCUCAUAGCUGUGGCAUUUGUGUUUACACGCAAUUUGAGCAUUCGCGAUACCGGAACCCGUAUUGCCACGAAACUGUAAUGCCGAUUUUGCUAGACUGCAGCACUGUGGCUGCGUGUGGGGCCCUUGCGAUUGGCGCAAGCCUCACUUCGACAACGGCGUGUCUCACUAGUUCUUGUACUGGCGCAUGUUGUCCUAGCGCAUGUUGUAGUGCAGUACAUCCACCUUGGUGUAACACGACGUUGACGCUUUCGUCUAUUCUUCUUGCUUCGCCUCUAGUGCGCUUUUGCGCUUUCGGGAAGAAUUUUUCAUCUCGUACUAGCACUGAAGAAAGCCACAUCUUUUCUGAAGAAAGUUUAACUAACUUUGCACGCGAAAUGGUCAGGGAAAUAGCAACACCCUACGUAGCCUUGGAACAAGAUCUUCGUCAAGCUUAUCGUUUCGUUUGUUGUGGAGGAAGAAAAAAUGAAGAAGAAAAAGCAGAACUGCAUCGCCUCAAGACAGCCAAGAUUGCAACAGCCUUGAGGAAGUCCUUGCUCAGAAGUGGAAGCGGAGAUCGUGGCCGAGAUCAUGUCGAUUUGCGAGAAUCAUCUUCAUCUUUAUCUGGUGGACGUGGAGAUGACGCAGAGCAGCUUUCAAUUUCAGCAGGUGGAAGCAGUACUAGCUGCAACAAUGUGCUCUCGGAGUUCAUAUCAUCAUUAUCUUCGUCAUCCUCGUCUGAUGCUGCUGGUGGUGAGGUCCCUCUUCGUCGAGAUUUGACUGCACAAAAUUUGGUAGAAGACUUGCGAUUGGCGCUGUUGUGGGUAGAGCAGCCCGUAGUUCACAAGUAGGGCCAGCAAAUGACAGAAGCAAGUUUCUUCAACAGAGAAGUUUUCUAAAAGAUCGUUUGGGGACACGAUAUUCUCUUAAGGGUACAAGAACUCCAUUUUCACUGUGAUCUUGGUCCCGUUUUUAAAGGGAAAAGGAGACCCAAGAUGCUGCUGAGGAUGAGCGUCCAUUAGUUCUAAUUCUCUGGAAAGAUGAGUAAAAAAUCAACGCAUGAUCGUGUAGUGUGCUAGUGGUCUUUUCAACCCCUGGAGUGGGUACAUUCAUUCAUUCACUCACUCACUCACUCACUCGCUAUUCUUCCUGCACAAGGUAAAAUGCUUUAAAUAAUGGUCGUCGAGUGCUGCAGCAUGCUUUGAAUAAAUGUGUUUAAUUCUGCAUUAUUUGGAAUGGUCGUGAACAGUAUUGUAAUUGUAGUGAUGUGAUGUGAUGCGGAGUCC